AGGCCCAGCGGCAUGGGCGCCGCGCCGCGCGGCCGGUCGCGGAGCCGGUCUCGCAGCAGGGCGGCCGCGGGGUGCCCUGGCCCGCCGCGCUCGCCGGCCGGGGAGGGCGACGCCAAGGCGCUCCUGCACAGCCUGGCGCAGCAGUCCUUCGACCACCGGGACUUUGCCAAUCCGAAGGCGGAGACGUGCUGGCUCUCGUGCCUCUUCCAGGCGCUCUGGCACUCCGUGGCCUUCCACGCGGCGUUCGAGGCGUUCCUGGCCCCUGCCAGGUGCGCGGCCGGCGGCGCCGGCAGCCUGCUGGAGGCCCUGCAGCAGACGUGGGCCUCCUACAAGCAGGAGGCCGGCGCCGAUGGCGGAGAAGCGGCCGGCGAACGUAGGCUGGUGCCCCCGCAGAAGCUCGCGGAGGCUUUCGGCGAGGGCUACGGCGACAUGUCCGACGCCCUGAGCGCCAUCCUGCAGGAGCUCUCGAGGUCCCAGGACACGGGCGCCAGGGCCGUCAGCGACAUCCUCGCGGUCGUGCCGGUGCCGACAGAGGCCGACGACCUGCCCACGCCGGGCCUGGCCUGGCGGCAGCUGGAGCAGUGGCAGGCGACCGCCGCCCCGCUGGUGGCCGUGGACCUCAGCUUCGACCGCCUGCCGCCGGACGACAGCGAGAAGCUGGCGCCCGGCGGGCAACGCCAGGGCCUGGACGCCCGAAACUCAGGAGGGAAAAAAACACACAGACACAAUUAAUCCUCGAUUCCUCAGAAAAUAUGGG